GACACGCAACCAAUAGAAUUAAAGAACAAAAUGGAGAACAAACUGGGAGGACAACGGGAUGCAAUCGCCGAUGAAAACCACCAGUUAGGGCAAGCCAACCACGUCACCGACAAGAUUAAAGAACGAACCCGAGAAGAUAAUAGAGAAUUUUGGGGAGAAUCUAGCACUUAG